CCAACUAUAGAAAUUCUUUAAUGUUAAAAAUGUAUAAAAUGCAAAACAUACUGACUGUCUGAAUUCUUUCUCUUUAGGUUAUUCCCUCUCCUGUCAGAGCUGCGCUAAAACUGGCAGCGCUCGCUGCCGAGGCCCAAGCCGUCCCUGCGCAGCUGAUAGUGCCUGCAGAGCAAUUUAUGGUAAACUUACCUCAGAAGGGGUGACUGUACGUGAAUAUUACAUCCUCUCCUGUGCCCCUCGCAUCCAGUGUGACAAACAUGGAAGAAUGGAUUUGUAUUUUGGGGAAACAAAAACAGGAUCCUCCUGUUGUUAUACAGACAACUGCAUCCCUCCCACACCGACCUUGCCAGAGGACAACUUUCAACUGAAUGGACUGUCCUGCCCUGCCGGCCUCUCUUUCAACUCACUCACAAUCUUCGAUGCUGAGGAUGACGUGCAGUGCUCAGGAGAUGAAACUAAGUGUGCUUUACUAACUAUGAGUGUUUUUGAAAUUCAUGCAACUCUACGUGGCUGUAGUAAUAAAAAUAUUUGCGAUUUUGGAAGCUAUUCUUUCGAUAUACUUGGAGAUACAUUUAAUUUCACAGUCCUGUGCACCGAUAAUCAUCAGCACUGGGAAUUCUAAUAAUCUCCGUUGCUAUUUCAGUGUUAAGUUAAA